GGCUGCGAUGCGCAUGUAUGCAGUCCACUGCCUCGACGCAUCACAGCGAACCGCACUUGACAGCUUUCCAGGUUAGAGGGGGGGAAACAGACUUGCUGAAUUUCCACAAGCCAGCCGUCAUCCGCAUCUACCCGAGAUGACAGCGUAACCAGGGUGCUGAGCUGUUGAGAUACCAAAACACAGCCGCUUUGUUGAAUCGGAUCUGCUGUGACUGGACAUGAAUUCGGCGGAACAGACGGUUACAUGGUUGAUUACGCUCGGGGUGCUGGAAUCGCCAAAGAAGACCAUCUCAGAUCCUGAAGCAUUUCUGCAGACCUCCCUGAAGGAUGGGGUGGUCUUGUGUAGACUCCUGGAGCGGCUCAGCCCGGGGUCCACGGAGAAGGUUUACCAAGAACCGAAGAACGACGGCGAGUGCCUGAGCAACAUAAAAGAGUUUCUGAAGGGCUGCACGGCUUUCCGCGUCGAGCCAUUCGAGGCCAGUGACCUGCUGCUGGGACUGAACUUCUCCAAAGUGCUCAGCAGUUUGGUUACUCUGAAUAAAGUGACUGCAGAUAUCGGUGUGGGCAGCGAUUCGGUGUGCGCCCGACACUCUUCAGCCCACCGCAUCAAGUCGUUCGAGUCGCUGUCCUCUCAGGCUUCACUGGGCCGAUCCUCCAAGCUGCUGCAGAACCAGUUUCGCAGCCUGGACAUGUCAGAGAACAGCGGACAGCAGCUGCUGGUGAAGGCGCGUUUCAACUUCCAGCAGACCAACGAGGAUGAGCUCACCUUUGCUAAGGGCGAUUUCAUCAGCGUAACUCGUCAGGAGGAGGGCGGCUGGUGGGAAGGGACGCUUAAUGGCAAGACUGGCUGGUUUCCUAGCAACUAUGUGCGUGAGGUCAAGGGCUCCGACAAACAAGUGUCCCCCAAGUCUGGCACCCUUAAGAGCCCACCUAAAGGCUUUGACACAUCUGCAAUCAGCAAGACGUACUAUAAUUUGGUGUUACAGAACAUUUUAGAAACCGAGACUGAAUAUUCCAAGGACCUUCAGAGUCUCCUGAUGAACUACCUGCGACCUCUUCAGAAUAUUGAAAAACUGAGCAGCUCAGAUGUGGCUCUGAUUCUGGGAAACCUGGAAGAGAUCAGCACCUUCCAGCAGAUGCUCGUCCAAUCACUGGAGGAGUGCACCAAGCUUCCAGAAAGCCAACAAAGGGUGGGCAGCUUCUUCCUUAAGCACAUGCCACAGAUGAAGGCUCUCUAUGUUGGUUACUGCUCGAACCAUCCCUCUGCAGUUAAUGUACUCACCCAAUACGGUGAAGUAUUGGGAGAGUUUAUGGAAGGGCGCGGUGCUGUCAGUCCCGGGAUCCUCACCCUGACCACAGGCCUCAGUAAACCCUUUAUGAGACUGGACAAAUACCCCACACUACUUAAAGAGCUCGAGAGACACAUGGAGGAGAAUCACCCAGACAGACCAGACAUCCAGAAGUGCAUGACGUCUUUCAAAAGUCUGUCGGCUCAGUGCCAGGAGGUGCGGAAACGAAAGGAGCUGGAGCUGCAGAUUCUUACAGAAUCCAUCCGGCUGUGGGAGGGGGAUGACAUCAAAACCUUAGGCUCUGUGAUCUACAUGAGCCAGGUCUUGGUCCAGAGUCAGCUGUCAGAGGAGAAAAAUGAGCGUUACCUCAUGCUCUUCCCCCACAUCCUCCUCAUGCUGUCUGCCAGCCCCAGGAUGAGUGGCUUCAUAUUCCAGGGAAAAUUGCCCCUGGCAGGCAUGGCAGUAACCCAACUAGAAGACUGUGAAGCCCAUAAAAAUGCUUUCGAGCUCAAUGGCACAAUGUUUGACCGUCUCCUGGUGAUCUGCACCAACCAGCAGGACCUGCAGGACUGGGUGGAACACCUGACCAGACAAAUCAAACACACUGCAGCCACAGCGCCCAGCCACAAACCACUCACUGUUCCCUGCCACACGCUCCCAUCUCACCCUCUCACCCCAUCCCGACAUGCUGAGAACAGGGCUUUGACAGUGGCUCCUACCUACCACACCCUGCCUCACCCAUCCUCCCAUGGGACACCUCACAACACCAUGAUGUGGGGCCCACUGGAACCACCAAAUACCCCCAAACCAUGGAGCCUGAGCUGCCUGCGACCUGCACCCCCGCUACGGCCCUCUGCCGCCCUCUGUUACAAGGAGGAUCUUAGUAAAAGUCCUAAGAGUGUGAAGAAACUUCUUCCCAAGCGCAAACCUGAGCGGAAACAGUCGGAAGAGGAAUUUGCCUUGAGGAAGAGCACAGCUGCUCUGGAAGAAGACGCCCAAAUCCUGAAAGUUAUCGAGGCAUACUGCACCAGCGCCAAAACCAGGCAGACUCUUAACUCUACCUGGCAGGGCACCGACCUGAUGCACAACCACGUGCUGGCCGACGUGGACCAGUCCUGCGUGGACUCGCCGGGCCGCCGUAGCAGCGUGUCCCGGCCAGAACUGACCUCUGACCUUUCGGAGGACUCAGACUAUGACUCCAUCUGGACCACCCACAGUUACAGAAUGGGCUCAGUGCCACGGGCACAAAGGGAAACGGGGCUCCAUGUCAUCAUCCCCGGUGAGGAGAAAGUACUUUUGGAGGAUCCCAGUCGCAACGGACAAAGUACUUUGGAAGAAAAGAGCCUGGUGGAUGUGGUAUAUGCCCUGAGGGAUGAGGUUCAAGAGCUGAAACAGGAUAACAAGAAGAUGAAGAGGUCACUGGAGGAAGAGCAGCGAGCACGGAAGGAUCUAGAAAAAGUUGUUAGAAACGUUCUGAAGAGCAUUAACGACCCAGCGUGGGAUGAGACAAACCUGUGAGGCUCAUGUGAACACCCAUGUGAAGCUUGUAGAAAGAAAGAACUUGUAUAGUACCUGUGGACUUGAUUGCACUGUUUGAAAGACACAGUCACAUACAUGAAUUAAGCUCAGUUGUGUGAAGGUAAAUGUGCAUCUUGAGGCAAGUAAACGUGGGCUUGUUUGAGAUGGAUCCACGAGUGCACUUUAAGUGCCAUUCAGCUUAAUAGACGGGCCUUAUUGAGAUGACUUGUUAAACUUCCUCGACCAUCUGUCCCACAACAACAUUCCUUGAUCACUAAGCAAGCGUGAAUGAAUUGUACUGAACCAUCCAGCAUCAAUGUCUGUGGCUGUGUUCACAAAGCUGGAGGAUAACUGGAGAGAGUUCCUCUCCGUCUGUUUACAAUCAUUUAACGGCACGACUAUCCACUAUACAGAAUGGUACUUUAAUGGUGUUAAUGGUCCAAAGGCUUUGACGAGUCUUAACUUGAACAAAGCCAUUUCAUAACCUCUUUAUUUAAUUUUUAUGAAAUGAUUUUUUGCAGGGUAUCCUCCUCAGACUCAGGCUAAGCCUGAUGUUUUUAGCCUUCAGCAAAGCUUGUGCCAGGAAACUCCUUUAUGUCUGUUUUUAAUCCAUUUCUUUCUUUUGUUUUUCUUUGACAACUUUACAUUUUCAUUUUUCCUAAGGGAACUGUACAGAUAUUAAUGUUGUACUGUAUAUUGUAAAUACUGCUAAAAGAUGAGCCUUUGCCCGUUGGGAUAAAUAAAUGUGUUCUCUGAGGUA